AUGUUCCCGUGGAAGAUUGCAAAAUCGGCGGAGGCCAUGUUCUCCCGCUGGGCUCUAAAGAGGGUUUGCAAAUUCUUCCUCAAGAAGAAAUUAGGACAGUUUAUCCUCGGCGAAAUCGACCUUGAUCAGCUCGAUGUUCAACUUUCUCAAGGUACCAUUCAGCUCACCGAUCUCGCUCUCAAUCUCGACUUCAUCAACGCCAAGCUUGGGAAAACAUCUUCUAUAAUGGUAAAAGAAGGGUCAAUUGGAUAUCUUUUGGUUAAAAUGCCUUGGAGUGGUAAAGGUUGCGAGGUUGAAGUGAAUGAGCUUGAACUCGUAGUUUCUCCUUGCACGAAUAAAACCACCACAGCUGAAGAUGAAGCUUGUGGUUCGUCGGAUGUUGAUAAAGAUAAUUGUGAAAUUAAAUAUAGCUUGAGUAAGACCAAUCAUGAAACGGGAGAGGAUGCUAUGAAGUCGAUUUCAAUGGAUGUUCACGAGGGUGUGAAAACUAUUGCAAAUAUGAUAAAGUGGUUGCUUACGAGCUUUCAUGUGAAAAUAACAAAUGUGAUUGUUGCGUUUGAUCCAUUUUUGGAAAAUGAUGAAGGAAGGGAAAUAGAUUGUCAUGGUACUUUAGUUCUUCGGGUUUCUGAAAUACAAUGUGGGACUAGUUUAUCUGAAGAUACUGAGUCUAAUGUUGAUCUCCUUGGAAUAAGCAAGUUAACAAACUUUGUGAAGUUUGAUGGGGCGGUGCUUGAGAUUCUCAAAAUAGAUGAAAAGAAUGAGUUACCGAGUCAGCAUGUGUCAGAAGCAGGACGUGGUGAAGCUGGUUUGGGAGCAACUAGAUCCACGUGUCCGGUCAUGACUGGGAAACAAGGUGGAUUUGGUGGAAAUGUAAAAUUGAGUAUUCCUUGGAAGAAUGGUUCCUUGGACAUUUGCAAGGUGGAUGCAGAUGUUUGUGUUGAUCCCGUAGUGUUAAAAUUUCAGCCUAGCUCAAUUGAGUGGCUAUUGAAGUCAUGGGGAACUCUUAAAAAUUUGAAUAAGGAAGCCAAGUGCAAGAAUCACAACUUAAGAGGACCUUCACAUUUAAAUUCAGCGCUGUUGAAUCCUUCUUCAACUUCAGUUUCUAUUGCCAAUGUCACAGGUGAAAUGAUAACUGGCCAUGGUAGUUUACACGCCAAUUGUGCCUCCUUGCCCCAACCAGAAGAUCCAGAAUCCCCUGAAGCUCUGCUUCCUGCUGCUAAUCUUAUUUCAGACUGGGUGCCAUUUUCUACUCAUAUGAAUCUUAAAGACGGUUUUCAAGAACCUGAUUUUGGGGCGAGUGUGGACCAGUUUUUUGAAUGUUUUGAUGGAAUGAGAAAUUCUCAAUCUGCUUUAGGGAGUAGUGGAAUGUGGAACUGGACAUGUUCGGUUUUCAGUGCUAUUACCGCUGCAUCCAGCCUUGCUUCUGGAUCUUUGCAUAUUCCCUCUGAACAGCAUCACAUGGAAACCAAUCUCAGGGCUACUUUUUCUGGAGUAUCUGUUAUUUUAUCCUUCUGUGAUGAUGAACAGAGCUGUUUUUAUAAACCUAAAAUUGGUAACACAGUUGGAUCACAGAUUGAUUAUCUUGGUGCAGAGUGCAAUGAAAUUGUUGUUAUCUUGAAGGUAUGUCCUCAAAUAAUGAAUUUUGAUGGCACGGUGAAGCGUGUAGAAGUUGCUAAUUUUUUGAACAUUGGAAGUGAUGCUGAAAAUCAGAGUGCUUUGGUUGGACACUUACAAACUAAGGUCCUUGAUGCUCUCCCUUUGUCUACCUCUUACAAUCUAUAUUCAGAUUCAUUAAUUGGGCCGGUUGCAACAGACUUUCCAUUUGGAAAUAAGGAUUUCUUACUGAAAGUUACAUUGUUUAAAACUUCUGGUGUCACCAAUUGCAAAUUUACAGUGCAAUCAAGUUCUUCAGAUGGUUGUGUGACUGGGAUGACAUCAUUUUCACUGAACCUGCCGCCUUUUACUUUCUGGGUAAUAUUUUCUGUGAUAAAUGUGCUCACUAACCUGCUAAAGGAAAUUGGAAAAUCACUUGAAGUGCAUAAUAAAGCAGAAGAGGUUUUUUCUGAAGCCUCAGAUGAAAAGUGUGGAUCAUCUCAAAAUCACGCGAAGCAAAGUUUCAGUCCCUGUGCGACAACCACAACAGAAUGCUUGCAUGGUGAUAUAUCAAUUUCUAGUGCAAGAGUAUUACUGUGUUUUCCUUUUGAUAAGGCUGGAGAUCACGCAGCUUCAUUUUCCUGGGAGAAGUUAAUUGCUCUAGAUUUUAGUUCAUCAUCCCCUUUGAACAAGGGUUGCACUACAGAUGGUAGCCAGACUUCAAGUGCAAGUUCAAAGAAAAGAUUUCCUUCUGUAGCAGCAGCACAAUCUCUUCAGUUGAAUUUUUGUGAUCUAGAUAUAUACUUGAUCUCAUCAACAAGUAACAACAGUGGUCGAAUAACCUCCAAUAAUGUGAAGAAUGAGAAAUUUUAUGGCAGCUGCUUUCUUUCCAUUGCUCGUAGAAGGGGCAGUUUCUCUGUUUUUCAUGUGGUUUGGCAGGAGGGUCAAGUGACUGGUCCUUGGGUUGCUAAGAAAGCUAGAUUAUUUGUUAAUUCAGAGCAAUCAAUGGGAAAAGAUGAUAUUGCCGGAAGAGGGUUUGAAUAUGCGUCUGCUUCAACGGUGAAAGAUUUGGAAGAUUGGAAAUCUCAAACUCAACAAGAGAUGAUUCUAAGCUCGUCAUUUCUCAUGCAUGUCCAUCUAUCUCAAGUUGUGAUUAAUGUGAAUGAUUCUCUAUAUAAAGGCAUAUACGAGCUUUUACUUCAGAUGCUAAAUGCAACGACAUGUGGGACUUCUCAGGAAGCCAAUGUGGAUAAAAAUUAUCUAGUUUCACAAUCAUCGGUAUUUUUAGAAUGUGAUUCUGUAGAAAUUCUUAUUAGUAGGGAUACAUCUGAGAGUAUCGGAAGCUCAAUCAAGAGUGAGCUUCCUGGAGAAUGGCAUCAAUUCAAGCUGAAGGUUCAAAGGUUCGAGUUGCUAUCUGUCACUAAUACAGGUGGUGUUAAGGCUGCGAGUUUCUUCCGACUAACCCAUGGCGAAGGCAAGUUGUAUGGGUACGUUACUGGAGUUCCUGAUCAUGAGUUUCUUCUGAUUACUUGCAACAACUCCUCUGUGAAGCGAGGUAACGGGGGAGGUUCUAAUGCAUUAUCCUCUAGAUGUGCUGGUUCUGAGAUUAUAUAUCUAUCUGACCCAGAGAUUUCUCAUAAAAUUACAUCUAUUGCUGUCAGCUGUUGCACAGUUAUUGCUGUAGGCGGUCGUGUGGAUUGGUUUGUUGUAAUAUCAUCCUUUUUCAGUUUGCCUGCUUCUAAUACUAAAGAUGCAAAUGAUACUAGUAUUUCAAAGAGGGAACAAGAUAUCUCCUACACGACUUGUUUUGUUCUCAGCUUGAUUGACAUUGCUAUGAGUUAUGAGCCCUUUAUGAAAAAUCUUGUUGGUCAGAGUGAGGUCCUUAAUUCCGUGUCUGGCUUUUCUUGCAUCAAAGAAGAUAUGGGGGAACAAUGUGUUUCUUGUCUGUUGGCUGCAUCCAGCUUGACUCUUUCAAGUUCAUCUAUGGCAGAUUCAGUUGAAAGUGUUUUUCAAAUUAGAGUGCAAGACCUUGGGCUUUUGCUUCAUUUAAUUUCAAAGCUUGAUUCUCUCCCUGGCACUUAUAGUGUAGAACAUCUUCAAAAGUCCGGGUAUGUUAAAGUUGCUCAGGAGGCUUUUCUGGAGGCAAUUUUGAAAACCAACUGUGCUAGUGGUCUUCUUUGGGAACUAAAAUUAUCUAAAUCUCACCUUAAUGUGGAAACUUGCUAUGAUACAACUGCUGCUCUAAUUCGUUUGGCUGCUCAACUUCAGCUAUUAUUUGCCCCGGAUGUCGAGGAGUCCAUUGUGCAUUUGCAGAAUAGAUGGGAUAAUGUUCAACAGGCACAGCAGAUCGAUGAAUUUAAUAAUGAAAGCAAGCCUCUCAGACAUAACACGACGGCUUCAACUUCUGAGCAGUCCUCUCCAAAAACAUAUUCAAAGGAUGGAGCUAGUAUAGCUGGCUUGAUGGAUGAAAUAUGUGAAGAUGCAUUUCAAGUAAAUGACAAUAAUGCAUGGCAAUCAUAUUCUUUUGAAUCAGGAUUUUACAUUCCACUUGAUAGAAGCAGCUUAGUUGAGGCUGGUAAGAUGAAUUUGGAUGAACCUGAAGUUCUCUCUCCUGAACUAAAGUUACCUGAGUCAGUGCCUGUAUUAGGACCAGAAGAUAUGCAUUCUAAAGAGCCUUCUAAAAUCAAGCUGAGGAAUGUGUCACAUCGAGAGAUUGAAAGAGGAAGUGGUGGAUGGUAUGAAGGCAACUCUUCAAAAGUAUUAGAAAAUCACAUUUCAGAGGAAAAUGGAAAGACUGGACAGGUGAAGGCCGCACAUCAUGGCCUGCUUUAUUCUAAAGAUUGCCCACCCCUCAGCGAAACUUGUGGACGUGUAAUUUUAAAAAAUCUUGAUAUAAGAUGGAAAAUGUAUGGCGGUUCUGACUUGGUUGAUUCAGAGAAAAAUGGGCAACAUUCUGGGAGGAACACGACUGUUUGCUUGGAACUUGCAUUGUCUGGGAUGAAAUUUCAGUAUGAUACAUUUCCAGUUGGCGGACUACAUAUAUCUAAGAUGUCUCUGUCAGUUCAAGAUUUUUUUCUGUAUGACAGAAGCCAAAAUGCACCUUGGAUACUGGUGUUAGGAUAUUAUUACUCAAAGGGCCAUCCUAGGGAAUCUUAUUCAAAAGCAUUUAAGUUGGACUUGGAGGCAGUUAGACCAGAUCCUCUAACUCCCCUUGAGGAGUACAGGUUAAAUGUUGCUUUUCUACCUAUGCUAUUACAUCUACAUCAAUGCCAGCUCAAUUUUCUUGUUGAUUUCUUUGGGAAGAAAAACCCAUUAAAUGACCAGUUUCCUAAUAAUUGUCAUGAUUCGGAGGGUUCAAAAUCAUUUCCUGAUAAAACUAAAGAUCAUGCAUGCCAUUCAAUCGCGCAAGAGGCAUUGCUUCCUUACUUCCAGAAACUAGAUAUACGGUCUAUUAUUGUUCGGGUGGAUUACAGUCCAAAUCAUGUAGAUCUAGCAGCAUUAAGUUGUGGGAAAUAUGUAGAACUUGUAAAUCUUAUCCCUUGGAAGGGUGUUGAGCUUAACCUGAAACAUGUUCAUGCUUCUGGCAUCUAUGGUUGGAACAGUGUUGGCGAAACAGCUUUAGGGGAGUGGCUGGAAGAUAUAUCUCAGAAUCAGAUUCAUAAAAUACUGCGGGGGCUUCCCACUGUACGAUCAUUAAUUGCAGUUGGGACUGGUGCUGCUAAGCUGAUUUCAUCACCAGUAGAAAACUACAAGAAGGAGCGGAGAGUGAUCAAAGGUUUGCAGAGAGGUACAAUUGCAUUUCUUAGAAGCAUUUCACUUGAAGCUGUAGCACUUGGAGUUCAUCUAGCUGCUGGAGCACACGACUUUCUUGUCCAAGCAGAAUAUAGUCUUUCAAGCAAACCUUCUUCAGUUGCUUUGCCUGUGAAAGAUAAAUCAAAGAUUGGCGUUCGAUCUAAUCAACCUAAGGAUGCCCAACAAGGAAUUCAACAGGCUUGUGAGAGUCUCAGUGAUGGCCUGGGUAAAUCUGCUUCGGUGUUGGUACAAAACCCCUUGAAAAAGUUCCAGCGAGGUUCAGGUGCAGGACCUGCCUUGGCCUCUGCUGUUCGAGCAGUUCCUGCAGCUGCCAUAGCUCCUGCUUCGGCCUGUGCAAGUGCUGUACACUAUGCUCUUCUUGGAUUUAGAAAUAGCCUUGAUCCUGAACGCAAAAAGGAGUCCAUGGAGAAAUAUUGUCCAACACAACCCUGGGAAGAAGACUGA